AUGACUCUCGAUCAAGAACCAAAUCAUGGCAAGCGUAAGCGCGGGGAGAGGAGACGCGCUUCCCUAGCUUGCGAGACAUGCAGAAAGCAGAAGGAAAAGUGUGAAGGUGGUCCACCCUGCUGGAGGUGUCAAAGACUCGGCCGAUCAUGCCAUUUUCAAGGCCAGCCGAUUCCGAGAACGAUAUCCCCUUGCUCCUCGUCCGUCCCUGUUGCGUCCAUUCCGCGAGACGACAAGCGGCGAAUAGAAAGCCUGGAGCAUAUUGCUCGCCAUUUUCUUGGCGAUGUGCCUUUGGACGAGGAGAAUAUUAACCGCAUUGCGGACAAACUACGAACCUCGACGAACACCCCCUUGCCAGAAACCGCUUUGGAUAUCAAUGAAUCGUUCGACGUUCAUUUCGUGUCAAAUAAUGUGGCGCAUUAUGCGGGGGAAUUUUCUCACUGGACUUUCUCCCAGAAAUUACGCCGCAAAAUGAGCUGCCAAAUAGAUCACCUUGAUUCGAGGCAAGUUAAAGAAUACUGGCGACCAACCCAGCUUCAAUCCUCGCCACAAGUGAUAAUGGAGACAAUGACACAUCUACCACCGAGACCUAUUGCCGAAUUUCUCAUCUCCAUGUUCUUCAAGUACGUUGAGAUCAACUCCUUCUACAUGGAGCGGAGGUGGAUUGGAGAGAAGUUAGCCCUCUGUUACAGCUCAACAACUACAUAUACAGCUAUUGAUUUUCCCUGGGUUUGCUCUGUUUUUGUUGUUCUAGCCAUUGGAACUCAGGUAGCCCAUAUGGAAGACGAAAAACCAAAGCUCCCUUCAGAGACCACCGAAGAACUCAACUGGUGCUCGGAGGACUCUGUCGGGCUAGUUUUCUACCAUGCAGCAUGCAAGCUUAUUCCAGAUAUUCUUUUAGUUGCUUCUCAAGAAAGUGUGCAGGUCUUCUUGCUUCUUGCCACAUAUUCACUGCCUGUUUCCACAGGUGGGCUUGCAUACACUUAUUAUGGUCUUGCGAUGAAAAUGGCGAUUCAAAAUGGGAUGCAUCGCAAAUACCAAGGCGGCAACUGCGACUCUAGAACUAUCGAAAUCAGAAAUCGAUUGUUCUGGACGGUAUACACUGUUGAAAAAUAUGUCAGCAUCUUGCAUGGACGCCCUAUGUCAAUAGCACGAUCGGAAAUAAAUGCUGAUAUGCCAAGGGAAUGUUCUUCUUUUGAGUCCCCUCGAUUUGCCAACUUAACCGCCUUUCACACUUUGAUUUCAUACUUGGGAGAGGUCUCUGAAACACUUGCACAAUUCAAAAGAUGUCCCAAAAGACUUCUUUCUGAAUAUUUAGAGCAGCUCUUACGACUGAGGGCAAGUAUCAAGCAGUGGUGGGACUCACUUCCGGCCACUGAAGAAUGCCGAGACCUAUGUUCGCAAGGCCCAAAUUUCCGACAAAACGCGCAUCUCAGGCUGUGCUAUUUGCUUAUAUAUGUCUACAUGGGUCGUGCAUUCAUAUUUGUUGAUGACAGAAAAGAACCAGGUGAAGCUAUACUUGGCGCAGUUCAUGAUUCAGGACUGGAGCGUCGGUCAGUUUUGGUAGAUGACUGCGUAUCCAGUGCUUUGGACAUUCUCAACACUCUACAAUGCUUAUCGGAUCAUGUCGGUCUAUGCCGCGCUUCAUAUAAUGAAUUUGGCGCCUGUCGUGCGGCCAUUUUGGUCAUCCUUGCGGAAUGUCUCAACUCGGGGAAGUCCCAGAGACUCCAAGAUAGCCUACACCGUGGAAUGGGUUUUAUACGUCAGAUGGUUGGAGGAAGCUCUUCAGAAUCUGAGUUAUCAUACCUCGAGUCUAUUGAAGCAGCCAUCGGCCAGUUUCUAGCCGUCUCUGAAGAUGACUCCGUUUUGCAGCUAAAAAGAGGCCAAAAUCCUGUCUCUGCCUAUUCCAAGUUCAAAGACUGGACGCAGUCAAUGAAGAAGGACAAAUCUACAAAUGGAAAUGUGGAGCUGUCUUCCUUCAGUCCAUUAUCACUUCUCGCACCUGGUACAGAAGGAUUUGCGAAUCCAGAGCUAAAUGAUAUGACGGCUUUCUUUGACCCUGAUUGGUCAAAUGGUAAUUUCGAGUUUGAUGCAUACAAUAUUUUAUCUCCGUCAAAAUGA